UCCGUCACCAAACACUUGUCGGCUUGUCAUUGGACCUCUCCUACCCUCUUCUCCUUUGUACUUCUGUCUCAUUUUUUUAAAUAGUCCUCUCCGCUCUGGCUUUUUCUCGUCACCAACAUCUCACACUUCUAAUCUCUCCACGGAUCUUGAUUGAUAGCAAAAAUGUCGCCCGACUCAUCACGAGAGGAAAAUGUCUACAUGGCCAAGUUGGCUGAACAGGCUGAACGUUAUGAGGAAAUGGUGGAGUUCAUGGAGAAAGUUGCAAAGACAGUGGAUGUUGAGGAGCUGACUGUUGAGGAACGAAACCUCCUUUCUGUAGCUUACAAAAAUGUGAUAGGGGCAAGGAGGGCCUCAUGGAGGAUUAUUUCUUCCAUUGAGCAGAAGGAAGAGAGUAGGGGAAAUGAGGACCAUGUCACUAUCAUCAAGGAGUACAGGGGCAAAAUUGAGUCGGAGCUAAGCAAGAUAUGUGAUGGGAUUUUAAACCUUCUAGAGUCACAUCUCAUCCCCUCAGCCAGUGCUGCUGAAUCCAAGGUGUUUUACCUUAAGAUGAAGGGUGAUUAUCACAGGUACCUUGCUGAGUUUAAGGCUGGUGCUGAGAGGAAGGAAGCUGCAGAGAGCACUUUACUGGCUUACAAGUCUGCCCAGGACAUUGCUCUGGCUGAACUAGCCCCUACUCACCCCAUAAGGCUGGGACUUGCGUUGAACUUCUCUGUUUUCUAUUAUGAAAUCCUUAAUUCACCAGAUCGUGCUUGCAAUCUUGCGAAGCAGGCUUUUGAUGAGGCUAUCGCUGAGCUGGAUACCUUGGGUGAGGAAUCAUACAAGGACAGUACAUUGAUCAUGCAACUUCUCCGAGACAAUCUGACACUUUGGACUUCUGAUAUCACGGAUGAUGCUGGGGAUGAAAUAAAGGAGGCAUCAUCAAAACGUGAAUCUGGCGAGGGGCAGUAGUCGUGAUUUUAGAACUCGUAGAAUAUCCUAUUCUGUACCCUUCUUCUUCUUCUUCUUCUUCUUUUUUAAUAUUGUGACAUUUACUUAGUUUUAGAUGCCUUGUGGGUUGUUUGUUGUAGCAGGAUUUCUUAAUGUGUUUGGUGAUCUUGAUUGCGGACAGCUCCUAGGUUUUAAAUGUUCCAGUAGUAGAUCAUAAAUGUGCUUUUUAUUAUUUGUGAUGAAGAUUUGUUUGGUUUGGCCUUCUUGUUUAUCCAAUUCAUUACAUAAGAUGCCUAUA